UUAGUUUCCUUUUUUUAAUUCUGUUUGUUUGAGUUUUCACGAAAGAAAGCUUAUCCAAUAAUUGAACCCAUUCCAAGACAAUCACGGAAUCUUAGUAUAAAGACAAACUGAUUAUCAGACGCAGACAGAGCAACAAAUUGUUGCUAUAUAAAUAAUCUCUUUUGUCGUGAGCAUAUUUCUCUCCUUAGCGGUUAGUGUAAUUGAUGCUGGCUGGUAUGAAGGUAGAUAUGGAGCAGGAGCAGCAGCAGCAGCAUGUGAUAGUUGAAUCUCAAGAAGUAGAGAAAAUAGAAGAAGUAAAGCCUCAGAAGACAAAGCGAGUGGCUUCCCUUGAUAUUUUCAGAGGCCUCACUGUUGCACUGAUGAUCUUGGUUGAUGAUGCGGGAGGAGAAUGGCCUAUGAUUGGGCAUGCACCAUGGAACGGUUGCAAUCUUGCAGAUUUUGUGAUGCCAUUCUUCUUAUUUAUUGUUGGAAUGGCCAUAGCACUAGCUCUGAAGAAAAGCUAGUAGCCAUCAGAAAGGUGAUUUUAAGGACUCUCAAACUUUUAUUCUGGGGCAUCCUUUUACAAGGGGGUUAUUUCCAUGAUCUUGACAAGCUAAAAUUUGGUGUAGACAUGAAUAGGAUAAGGUGGUGUGGCAUCCUCCAGAGAAUUGCUCUCGCUUACUUGGUAGUGGCGAUAAUAGAAAUAACAACAAGACAAGCCCAAGCCAAAGAACUACCAACAGGGUGGUUCUCCAUAUUCAAGUUAUACUGUUGGAAAUGGGUAAUUGGAGCAUGUGUUUUAGUAGUUUACUUGGCCACAUUAUACGGGACAUAUGUUCCUGACUGGAAUUUUGUUGUCCAGAACCCGGACAGUCUUGAUUUUGGAAAGACUUUAACCGUAACUUGCAAUGUGAGAGGACAUCUUGAUCCUCCUUGCAAUGCAGUGGGUUAUGUUGACAGACAGGUACUUGGAAUCAAUCACAUGUAUCCACGUCCGGCUUGGAAGAGAUCCAAGGCUUGCACUAAAAGUUCCCCAUAUGAGGGACCUUUCAGGGCUGAUGCUCCAUCAUGGUGUUGGGCUCCUUUUGAACCUGAAGGGAUUCUGAGCUCAAUUUCGGCUAUUCUCUCUACGGUCCUUGGAGUUCAUUUUGGACAUGUCCUUAUUCAUAUGAAGGAUCACUCAUCCAGACUUUUGCAUUGGGUUGGCAUGGGCAUAGCUCUUCUGGUUUUAGGAAUUAUUCUCCACUUCACAGAUGGUAAAAUUCACAGUGUAUGUAAUAGACUAACAGAUCUCUUAUCUUACUCAUUUUUUCCUCUGAUGGUGCGGAAUGCAGCUAUUCCUUUAAAUAAGCAACUAUACACCGUCAGUUAUGUCUGUGUAACCUCAGGAGCAGCCGCGCUAGUGUUCUCUGCUUUCUACAUCCUGGUUGACAUUUUGAACUGGAAGUAUCUAUUUCUGCCACUAGAAUGGAUUGGUAUGAAUGCCAUGCUUGUUUAUGUAAUGGCCGCUGCAGAAAUAUUUUCAGGUUUUAUCAAUGGCUGGUAUUAUGAAGACCCUCAUAACACGCUGAUAUAUUGGAUCAAGAAGCACAUUUUCAUUGGAGUGUGGCAUUCAACAAGAGUGGGAACUCUUCUGUAUGUCAUCUUUGCUGAGAUAUUGUUCUGGGCUAUUGUUGCUGGUCUACUUCAUCGAUUAGGGAUAUACUGGAAGCUUUAGUUGUGCUGAAAUCUGCUUCUUUUUUUUGCUUAUUAUCUAAGAUGAGAUAUAGCAUUGGCAACGAAAGAGCUUCAGCUAGCCGAUGGAUCUCAAUUUGAUUUGCCUAUGGGAGCAAGUGGCUAAGAAGUUCAAUACACCUUGCAGUACACAUGAACAAUACAGAUUUCAUUGGUUCUUGCUUGCAACAUGCUAUUUUUGUCAGUGGAUCUCAUAUCAAAUCUUCAAGUUUAUUCGUACUCUCUUGUUUUUGAUCUUUCUGAAUGUAAACAAAGGGUAAAUACUUAUCUGCACUCUAACAGUAACUUUUGUUUUACAAUUUGGUUUGAACACAGUACCUUUAAAAAUUUCAAACUUCAA